GAUGACUUUAAGAAUUUUUCUGUUUAUUAAAUAAAGACAUUUUUUUCAUUUACUUUCUUUCUUUUUGCUUUCCUUGAUCUAUUCAUGUAAAACAUACCCAUAACGAAAGAUAUAUUAUGGGAGUACCUACCACAUUAGAAGAACGUCAGCAAUUAUUAGACGAAUUCAAACAGACCCUUCCGCCAACUGUAGUCAAAGAUUUACCAGAAUAUUUACUACUUCAAUGUUUGGAUGGUAAUUUAUGGAAUUUUAACGAUGCCAAACAACAAUUGCUUGAUACGGUUGAAUGGCGAACAAAGAUGGGAGUCGAUGAUCUGCCCGUAGCCACUAAAUACAACCGUUUGCCUGUUCUCAUGGCAUGUAGAGGGUAUCGGCAUAUAGAGGACACUAAUUUUACUGUUCAGCCUGGUAUAUCAGAAAGCACGAUUCGAAUUCUUAAUUAUGUAGGCGGAGACUGCUUUCACAAAUUUGAUAAAGAAGGACACCCUAUUUUGAUUGACAGAACGGGAUAUCACGAUGCCAAACAUUUAGGAAGCCAUGUCACGUCAGAAGAGAUCACGAAUUAUCAAGUAGCAGCCAAUGAAUUCUUGAAUCGAGUCAUCAUGCCUGAAGCAACUGAAAAAGCAGGCCAAUCGAUUCAUAGCGAAACCAUUAUAUUUGACUGCACUCAUAUGAGCCUCAGACAAUUUCAUAUGAGCGCCAUGUACCAUCUGAAAGCAAUAGCAGAUAUCGUACAGCACUAUUACCCAGAGACGUUGCAUCGCUUAUUCGUCGUCAAUGCGCCGUCAGCCUUUGUAGUCAUGUUUAAAGUCAUUCGGCCUUGGUUGAAUCCUCGGACGUUGGAGAAAAUCCAUGUUUUGGGUAGUGACUAUCAAUCGGUGCUUUUAAAGUACAUUGAUCCAGAGAAUCUACCAGAGUUCCUCGGCGGUCAAUGUCAAUGCAAACACAUGCCUGGAGGCUGUGUUCCUAUCCUUCCUCAAAAGUCGAGCGACAAAUUCCAGGCGACGGCCGACAAUGAGAAAGUCGCCACUGUAUAUAAUACAGAUAUUAUGCAAGCUGCGUUGAAAGACAAGAGCCUAUCCUCAUUGCUGUCGGAGGAUGAAAUAAAAGCAAUGGUAGGCUCUUCUGGAUAAGCCCUAUUUUUGUAAACUCUUGUGUGCCAAUAAAAACACAAAGAAACACUUGUCCAUGUAAAAAGUCGAUCCAUCACUUUAAUGGGGGGGAAAGGGGGGAAUGCAAAUGAAGUAAAAAAAGAAGAGCAAUAAAUUUCCCUUUUUUAGAAAGGAUCUCUCUUUCUGUCAUGAAUAUGACUUUACCAAAAAAUCUUGGGUUGUUUCGAUGCGUUAUCUGUCAUUCAACAACAAUGAAUCUAUCGAACAAAGCCUUUUUUUUUCCGUAUAUAAGGAAAUCAAGCAGCAAGCUGAUCAAAGAGUUACUUAUCAUCGCAUCCGAUUUCCUGUCUUUAUCGGCAAUAGAUGAGAACCGUAUCCGCGAUGGAUCACUUGAGAUUUCUAGAAGCAUGUCGAUGCUAAAAACCUCAUUUUAGGAUGUUGAUUAUUCUAAAAAAAACCAAUUCGGAAACAUCAG